CAGUGGGGAAGGCGGUGGUGUACCCACUACACAAGAAUCACAAUCAGCGAGGGAAGAAGGAAGAAAGUGGUAGCAUCAUCAUCAAUGAAAUAUGAUUAUAAAAAGGGGUUUUGAAGGAAAAGGACGUGAGGAAGGGGUUAGAAUUUGGAAUGGUCUAAGCGUCACGCAUCUUCUACUUUCUCUCUCUCUCACACACCUGACCUGACCAACAAGUGCAGGGCCGAGUUUGAUUUUAAAACAAGUUUAUUCCAAAGCUCAAAAUUCAAUGUGGGCCUCUUGAAAUUUCUAUCUGUGCGGGUGGGAGAAAGAGAAUUCUCUUUUUCCCCCAUGGUUUUAAAUGCUUUACCUAAGAAUUUCGAUCAAAAAGUCAAAAAAAGUUUCGCUGUUUAUCUCCACACCCCUUCUGGGUAGGGUUUUCUUUCCUCUGUUCCUCGGAUUUUUCCACCUUCCCGACGUCGAUUCAUUUCUCAAACUGAACUCCCAUCUCGCGAUUCCUGUUUUCGCUAGGUUUUUGACUUCGAUACGGGUCAUAGUUUUGCUGGGUUCUUGUUUGUUUUGAGCUCUUCGAUGAGCUGAUUGCUGAAGUUUUGAUGUUUUUGGAUUGAGAAAUUGAUUAGGGCUUUGGGAUUUAGGUGUUUCAGCGAACUGAGUUUGAGUUAUUUUGUUUGAAUUAGAAGAGCUCGUUCUUGUUCUUCCUGUUCUUCCUGUUCUUCUUGUUCAGUGGUUUCUGUUUCUUUUUGUUGAACUGGUGGUGGUGGUGGUGGUGGUGAUGAUGGUGAUUGAUGGGUAGUAGAACAGUGAAGGUUGGUGCCGACGAUAUAAACAAAAAGGUGAACGGGAUGCCUAGCUUCGUUUCUUCGAUGCCCACAGCCAAUAAUUCCAUGGGUGCAGAGGGGAGCUCUAUUCCUUCAUCUCGGAUUUCGGACUUAAGAACGCUCGAGCAAACUCUUGGAUUUCACAUAGAAAAUGUAGACCUUACUAGAAAUCCUUUGUAUAAUCAGAUAAAGUCGAAUAGUUCGACUCUGAACAACAACAUCCAGUUUGGUUCUUUAAUUAAGCCACUUGCAUCCACUGAUGUAAAUCUACCAACUGCUAUCAUGGGCUCUCAAACAUUGCCAUUACAGAAAGAAUCAAAUCCAAAUUUGGUUUCUACGUCGGGUGGUCCUCAUGAAAACUGGGGAGAGUCUAACAUGGCCGACGUCAGCACAAGAACUGAUACCUCCACGGAUGACACAGAUGACAAAAGUCAAAGGCUUGACAAGGAUCAAGGAAACUCACUUGUCGUGUACGAUUCUAGCAACAAAUCGAAAGAAAAAACACCUGAUCAGAAGAGCUUACGAAGGCUUGCCCAAAAUCGUGAAGCUGCUAGAAAAAGUCGUUUAAGGAAAAAAGCGUACGUGCAGCAGCUAGAAAGUAGCAGGCUGAAGCUUACUCAACUUGAGCAAGAACUCCAGCGGGCCCGCCAGCAGGGUAUAUUUAUUUCAAAUUCUGGAGACCAAGCUCAUUCAAUGAGUGGAAAUGGGGCCCUAGCAUUUGAUGCAGAAUAUUCACGUUGGUUAGAGGAGCAUAACAGGCUGAUAAAUGAGCUUAGAGCUGCAGUUAAUUCACAUGCGGGCGACACUGAACUUCGAACUGUCGUUGAUAACGUGACUACACAGUUCGACGAUAUUUUCAGGUUGAAAGGCAUUGCAGCCAAAGCUGAUGUGUUCCACAUCUUGUCAGGAAUGUGGAAGACACCAGCAGAGCGGUGUUUCCUGUGGAUUGGUGGCUUCCGUUCAUCAGAGAUCCUGAAGCUUCUUAUAAACCAAUUAGAGCCUUUGACUGAGCAGCAGCUAAUGGGCAUAUGUAACCUGCAACAAUUAUCACAACAAGCAGAAGAUGCUCUCUCGCAAGGAAUGGAUGCAUUGCAGCAAUCCUUGGCUGAAACAUUGGCCAGUGGCACACCUGCAACGUCGGGAUCGUCUGGGAACGUCGCAAAUUAUAUGGGUCAAAUGGCCAUGGCUAUGGGAAAGCUUGGAACUCUUGAAGGCUUCCUACGCCAGGCUGAUAAUCUUCGUCAACAAACUCUUCAACAAAUGCAUCGCAUAUUGACAACCCGUCAAUCAGCUCGUGCGCUUCUUGCAAUAAACGACUACUUCUCCCGGCUUAGAGCCCUCAGCUCUCUCUGGCUUGCACGGCCUCGAGAGUGAGGAGCAAGGAAGUUCUCUCUACUUAAUCUGAACUGAAAUCAAAUUUAUGAACAAGUGCCUCGAGUGCUACCGCGCCAAUUGCAUUUCUUCAUUGGAUGGAGUUGCUUCUGUCAUAGGAACUGUACAAUGGAUCAAGAUGGGUAAUGGUAUUAGGUGAAGUUUGUGAUUGAUAUAUAUAGCUUUCACAUUUGCAGAUGUUAGUAUCAGUUGGUGGUGCUGUAUGCUUAUUACAAUAAUCUCUUCAUGUAGUUAGGUGAUGCUGCAUAGAACUCAAAGGCAAAAUAGCUUGUAUCUGUAAUUUAGAUUUAUAUUACAUCAGCUUACUACACCAGUAGAUCAUAUUCAUAUGAAAUUUCAGUGCCUUUUUGUA